CCACAACAGAUGAUCUCUCCCUUGCGAGAGAGAGGCAGUGAGAGUGUGUGAUGGACCUCUGGAGUCUGAGGGCCCGUCUGGCUCAGUGUCUGUCCACACUUAAGCACCAGCCACAGGUCAGGAAGAACCACGCGGGACGAGUACCUGCAGUCCGAAAGGACAACUCUACCGUCCUGCCCUUCAGUGAGGUUCCUGGACUGUGGAAGAAUGGUGCGGCGAGUCUCUACACGUUCUGGAAAAUGGAUGGCCUCAGGAAUAUACACCGGAUUAUGGUGCAUAAUUUCAAUAUGUUUGGUCCCAUUUACAGGGAAAAAGUUGGAUACUACGAGAGUGUGAACAUCAUCAAGCCUGAAGACGCUGCUAUCCUGUUUAAAGCUGAGGGUCAUUACCCCAAGAGACUCCGGGUGGAGGCGUGGACCUCCUACAGGGACUACAGGAACCGCAAAUAUGGCGUCCUGCUAAAAGACGGAGAGGACUGGAAAUCUAAUAGGAUCAUCCUAAACAAGGAGGUGAUUUCCCCAAAGGUGCAGGGGAACUUCGUGCCGCUCCUGGAUGAAGUCGGACAGGACUUUGUGGCUCGAGUUUAUAAAAAGAUUGAGAGGAGCGGACAAAAUGAAUGGACCACAGAUUUGUCUCAUGAACUCUUCAAGUACGCACUGGAAUCCGUGAGUGCCGUGUUGUACGGGGAGCGUUUGGGUCUUCUGAUGGACUACAUUGAUCCAGAUGCCCAGCACUUCAUCGACUGCAUCACCGUCAUGUUCAAGACCACCUCGCCCAUGCUGUUCCUCCCUCCGGCCCUGUUCCGCCGCAUGGGGGCCAAAAUCUGGAAGGACCACGUGGAGGCCUGGGACGGCAUCUUCAACCAGGCCGACCGAUGUAUCCAGAAUAUCUACCGACAGUUGAGGAAAGAUCCAGAAGCCAGCGGGAAGUACCCUGGUGUGCUGGCUAGCCUUCUAAUGCUGGACAAACUGUCCAUCGAGGACAUAAAGGCCAGUGUCACGGAGCUGAUGGCCGGAGGGGUCGACACGACGUCUAUCACACUGAUGUGGACGCUCUAUGAGUUGGCCAGACACCCGGACUUGCAGGAGGAGAUCCGUGCGGAAAUCUCGGCUGCUCGUAUCACCUCUAAAGGAGACGUGAUGGAGAUGCUUAAGAUGGUUCCUCUGCUUAAAGGAGCCCUGAAGGAAACUUUAAGGUUACAUCCUGUAGCUGUGAGUCUACAAAGAUACAUCACUGAAGACAUCAUCCUGCAAAAUUACCACAUUCCAGCCGGGACUUUAGUCCAGCUGGGUCUGUACGCUAUGGGUCGUGAUCAUCGGGUCUUCCCGCACCCAGAACAGUACCGUCCCGAUCGCUGGGUCAGAUCCCAGAGCCACUACUUCAAGAGCCUGAGCUUCGGGUUCGGCCCACGCCAGUGUUUGGGCCGUAGGAUCGCCGAGACAGAGAUGCAGCUCUUCCUUAUUCAUAUGCUGGAGAACUUCAGGUUUGAGAAGCAGAGGCAGGUGGAGGUCAGGAGCACGUUUGAGCUCAUCUUACUGCCCGAGAAGCCCAUCAUACUGACCAUCAAACCACUGAACGCCAGCAGAACGCAGAGCUGCAAAUGAUGUCCAGGACUGAACUGGAUGCGACU